CAGGAGUUGACAGAAACAGAAGAGAGGAGGCAGAGCAGGGGAGAAGGAAGUGGGAGUGGAAAUCACGAAACAACUAACUCCAGAUAUGAUACGGCAGAAGUUCGUCCUGAGGGAAGCUCCGCUCCUUUCUCUGCAGGACGUCGCUGAGCUUGUCAAAAAGCCUCAGUGGUGGCACCAGAGGUGAAGGGUUGCCCUGAGAUGAUGACAGCUGUGGAUGUUGUUGGCAUUUUGAGGAGAACCAGAUACCAGAGAAGAUUGACAUGUAAACACCACAAGAGAGCCAGAGGCUUUGAAAGCAUCUUGGAAGGCUUGUUUGGGCCGGGACUAGUCAAAGAUAUCACCCUUUUCCAAGACUGCGAGCCAGAGGAAGUGUCUGACUGGUCCUUUGACGAAAACUGUCUCUUCUGCUGCUUAAGACGUGAGAAAGUCAAGGACCACAGAGUAGAGAACGGUGGAGGCAGCCAGGUGCUGUCGGAGUGCGAAGACUUCAAACAGGAGCAGUCUCGGAUCAGCCGGCUGGAGAGACAGGCCCAAGACUUCCUCAAUGCUGUGUUCCACAGAAAAGACCUCCCAAGUUUCUCAGACCCUCACAUUCCUCUAGUGGCUCGUGAGAUCAUGCAGCGAAUGAUCCGCCAGUUCGCUGCCGAAUAUACCUCAAAAACUACUCAGGACGACCUGCCCCUGCCCAACGGCACCAUGAAGGACCAAAGCCUGCCGAGAGCGGCGUCUCUGGCCCCGGCCCCCUGCUCCCCACCCGGGCCCCUGCCCGCGCCGAGCUCCCCUCCAUCGUCUGCCUCCUCCUCCCCAUCCCCGACCCCGGGGCUGGGCCUCAGCCCCUCCUCCGCUAACAACGCCACCGCCGCUGCUGCCGCCUCAGCACCCACCUGCACCCAGAGCAGCAACGGAACGGGAGCCACUAACGGCGGAGGAGGAGGAGGCACGGCUGCUGCCUCUGCACAGAAUCCCGUCCUCAGCAAGCUUCUCAUGACCGACCAGGACGGCCCGCUGGACCUCACCGUGAAAAAGAACCAGGUCGACACGGAGCCCAGCCAGCAGGAUGGCGUCCUGGACCUCUCCACCAAGAAGAACCACAGCGCGGACGGCCUCAAAACCUUCCUGGGCUUCUCCCCUGCGCCUGGGGUCAAAGGACCUUCCCUCAGAGUGGAAAAUACCCCGCCAGAGGUGGAUGAGGAAGACGGCCUGCUGCAGAGAAGCUUGCAGGACGGACUGAGGGAGAACUACGUCAACUCCAACUCCUUCAAGCCCCCGAUGGCCCGCUCGCUGCGCAUCAAGGAAGAGCUCCUCAGCCAGAAGCACCGCCUCCUGAACCAGCCUGCUGCUCUUUCAUUGGCUAAUCUAGAGUCAGCUGGCUUGCUCAAUCACGGGCAGUCUCACUCCUUGCUCGGCCAGAAGGGCUCUUCCUCUUUCUGGGGAAGCAAGGCCCACCUCGAAAGCCUGAUGAAGCUGAAGCAGGCCAGCGGAGCCCUGAGCGGAGCUCUGAGCGGAGCUCUGAGCGGGGCCCUCAGCGACCUCAAAGACCUGCCCACAUUCCUGGAGAAUCACCACCACAACCACCACGGAGCCUUCUCCAUCAAGAGUUCCCUCCACCAUCACCACCACAAUCAGGUCUCCAAGGCCCAACACCACCACAAUGAGGGCAAGAGAGACCAGGGCCACUCACCUCCUGUCGACCUAAAGAUCCCCCAAGUUCGGGGCAUGGAUCUCUCCUGGGACUCCCAUGCCUCUGAGCUGUACGGCUACGGCUCCAUGGGGGUUGGGGGUGGUGGCCACGGGGAGAACACCCUGAGCCGGAAGCUGAGAGCCAUCCUGCCUAAGCAGAACCGCCGGGGAGGAAGCCUUGGAAGCCUGCUGGACGGGGCAGCCGACUACUGGAGCUCUGACUUGGAGCACUCCAUUUCCGGGCCGGCGUACUCCACCUCCGACGUGGAAGGGGACCCGAGCUCCAAGCAGCCGAGGAAGAAGAGGGGCCGUUAUCGCCAGUACAACAGCGAGAUCCUGGAGGAGGCCAUAGCAGUGGUGAUGAGCGGGAAGAUGAGCGUGUCCAAGGCUCAGAACAUGUACGGCAUCCCGCACAGCACCCUAGAGUACAAGGUCAAGGAGCGCAUGGGAACCCUGAAGAACCCCCCAAAGAAGAAGCUCAAGCUGAUGAUGAAGAUGGAGGCAGGUGGCCAGGAUUUUCCCAACGAGUCGGAGAACACGCCCACCUCAACCCCACGAGACGACGGCCGGCCGCUGGCAGCUGCAGAGCUCAAGGACAAUGUAAAAGAAGAGAUUGAUGACAAUUUCAAACCAAUCGACUAAAAGACUUACACAUGUAAACCUCAGACAAAUGACUUAAGUAAUUUGAAAACGGAUGGGGCUUUAUUUGUGCCAAUUUACUUUGCAGUAUCUGGGUGAGCACAAACGCAGAGAUAAUAUGAGGAGGAUUCUUAAAACAAACUGGAGAGAAACAACUAAUCGGAUGGUUUUUAACAAGCGUCACUUGAGCGACGCUGUACAAGCAUUUGUUUAGCUUUUAUAUCCAGAGGCUUAACAAAUGCAGCUAAAGACAUUAGUUAAAUGACAAUUGAUGAAAUUUCCUUAAGCAUGCUGAUAAUCCCUAGCCCAAAAUACCCAAUCCCCCUUGUUCUGAACUUGACACACUGAACCACUGCUGCGUAUAAAUGCAGUUUGGGCUUUGGACCAAUUUGGAGAGAAAAUGAGGGGAAGGUUGAAAAUUAACUCCUUAAAAAAACUCACAAUUUAGUCCCUUUACCGCUCCCCUCUCUCAUGGAUUACUAGCUGAAAAUUGGUAAGUGAACUGUCUAUUACAUUUGAAGCCAACUGUAAGAUUUAAUCAUACCACUGAUAUUCCUCACGAGGGUUCUGAAUCAAAACCCAUUCUCUUAUUGCCAGGUAGCCACGACGCUUUAACUGCAAACCUUUUCUUUCCUCCUUAAGAUAUUCUGCUAAUCUCUGUGCGGAUGAAAGCAACAUUAACCCGUCCUUUUUGAACGAGAAAAGACACACAAAAGUCAUUCAGGGAUGCAUGUUUGUGAGUUUCGUGGACACUACUGACUUCUAUAAUUGACUUCUUUUCCUCUAUCUUUUCGUUUGAUUUGUUUUGCUUUCUUUUGCACUACACUUUGGGUCUGGCGCUUACAGACCAGGUUACCUCGGCAUUGUUGCCCUUGCAUCAUGCACUUAUUAUGGUCUGUCUCUGAAGCCCAGUCGCAACCUUGCAAUGGGCCAGGGGUGCACAUCGCCUGCAUACGCUGAUCCAUAAUCAGAUCCAGGAGGCUCUUUAACCCUCUUUUUUUUGCCAAUGGACAAGUUGAGGGGGGUAAUCUGAUAAUGGAUCAGCUGUUUUUAAGGCGGAAUGCUACCUCGUGGACCUCCAUCAGUGUCUCACUGCUGAUCCUGGAAUGCCGGAGACGCCUUCAGGUUGCCUCAUCACAUACAUCAUGGAGAUCUUUACCCUGAUGAAGGCCUUUUAGGAUCAGAAUGUGAAACUCUGCUGCUAUCCAGUUGAUUAUCUAGCUCCUAUCCAAGGCUUUAGCUAGCCUAAGCUAAUGACUUUUAGCUAGUUUUCGCUAACAACAAUACAUUUCUGAUGUUUUUUGUUUGUUUUUUUUCCUUUUCUAAUCAAAAUAAGCAGAAGCAGCUUAGCUGACGAGUUUUAAAAGAAAUUCUUCUCCCUCAACCAUCAAAGACAGUUUUAGAGGCAGUUUACUACAACAAUGUGCAUUUAUAUAGGGGUGUUCAUGUAGGGUGGUGGGUGGGCAAUAUGCAGUGGGGAGGGGUAGUUGAUAGAGGUGAGGGAAAGGCAGAUUUUAAUAUAUUUAAGUUAUUAUGACUGAUUAUGUAAAAGCCAAUCCAUGAUUCUGGGUGAUUAUUUUUCUCCUCAUUUUUAACUCAGGGUAACUGAGACAGAUGAUGUGGGUUUGAAAUAUGGUAAUUUCCUCUUGGACCUAUAGAAGACAGACAGGAGGACAACACACGCCUCUCACUGACUGCUUUGUCUGCGCGGAGGGGCUGUGUGUGAGUAAAUAUGGCAGCGCCAUAGCAGAUAGACCUGCUAACGAAUCAUGAAAAAGAACAGAAAACACUGAUGGUUUAGGGAUCGAACUUGUGGCGCUAAACUUCUAAAAUAGCACUUUUCAAAAAUAAGAGAAAAAAAACAAGAGAGAAGGAAAUCUGUUUGAGGUUAUGCAUGUAGUGUAGCUCUUCUCUGAGGGAUAUGGAGCAGGAAGAAGAGGGCUGAGAGAUGGAAGAAAAAAGCUUUAGUGUGUGAAGACUUUCAGAAAGCUGCAGCUUGGACCCAAACUACUCUUUUUUUUUCCUCUCAAUUACCUCCAAAAAUAAAAAAAAAAAAGAAAAAGAAAAAAAAGGUCAGCAGCUUGAACAUGUUGAGUUUUGUGUAGUGUCGUCUUGUCGAUUUCCCUCCCCUCGUUGCUGAAGCACCAGGGAUAGAAAAACUAUCAUCGCGUUUUACCAGGCGGGGAAAGAAUAUCCCUCAGAGGACACAGGUGGAAAGAAAAAAAUGCUCUUUUGGUGUUUUCCAUCAGGAAAAGAUUGACGGAAAAAAGCUUUUUGGUUGUCAUGGUUUUUUUUUCUUUUUUCUUUUUUGCUCUGUGGUAAAUGUUGCUCUUCGCUCCGAACACUGCCUGGUGCUCACCCAGUCUGUGAGAUUUUUAACAUGAGAAUUGUACCUCUCUGUUCAGAUGAAAUGAUGAUGAUUCACUCCUUUUGAAAUGUAUUGUAUAUUUUAUUUAUUUAAUCUGUUUUUUUUGUUUGUUUUUUUCUUUGAUUAUUCUCUUAAAAAUGGCAUGCACCACUUCUCUGGCUGAUUUUGGGGUCAGGCCAAUUGAAUAAGUUAUGCUGAGAGGAUUUCAACUCAAUUAAUUCUGAGCCAGAGAUGCUCAAAUCACUGAGAAUUAGACUCGCUUACUUACUACCUGUUGCAUACAAUCUUAAUUUUCCCCUCUGUGGUUAUUGGUUAUCCCCCUUAAGCCUUGUAGCUCCCUUGGCUUGAUUGGCAGGUAUGCAUGGCCAAGGGGAAAAGCUCUAGAAAAGACCCCUGGAGCAACAACAUUGCCGGGGGGUCGUCAUGCAUGAAAUGCGUCCAACACUUUGACAAUGCUGAGCAUUUGAAGUGUCUAAAAGGUUGUUGUGCGCGUUGAGUUGGACCCAGCGAAGGACAAUGCACUGAUCUGAUAGUAAAAACAGGGUCGAAGCCCCAGUGUUGAUAGUAAUGCACUUCUCAUGAACACGCCUCUUUUAAAAAGGCAUGAUAGCUGCUCACAGCCAGCUGUGAAUAGCAGACUUACAGUGUGCCCCCUCCCUCUCAAAAACAGAACAAACAAACUUUGGCAAUCAAAGUUUCAUGUAAUGCAUGUAAAGCAUGGAUUUGUGCUAAUAAAAAAAAAGAAAAUGUAUGUGUAGAAAUAGUAUAAUUGGCACUUAAUGCACAGGUUUGCAUGGAUAAACUCCAACAGCACUUAGACUGAAUUCCCCUGAGAGGGGUGAUUCCUCGAGGGCCAAACGAUCUCUGUGUAUAAUUUACACAAAUCUCUAAAUCAUUUUCAAAAAUUCUCUCUCUAUCCUUUUUGACUCUUAAAGUGCUUAAAGUUUCUUGUUGCUUUCAAAAAAUACUUGUAAUUUUAAAUUUCUAAAAAAACAAAAGUCCCAUUUUCAGCCUGAUCUUAUCUACUGAGGUGCAUGCCAUUUAAGAUUUAUUUAUUUCAUUCCAUUUGUUUUUUUUUCUUGGUUCUAUUGAUUGUUUAUAGUCAUGUGGUUAACAGCUCCCCCUGUCCGAAAAAGUCCUCCUUCUUGCAACUGAGUCUCACUGCAGUUUUUAAAAGAAACCUCAUACUAUUAUAUACUUAGGAGAGCAGUAUAUAUCUAUUUAUAUACAUAUAUAUUAACAAAUACUCACAUAAUGAAUGUAGUGAACCGAAAUGAAUAUCUUAAACUUACAAAACCACAACACCGCCAACAGUGAUCUGCAAAAAAAAAAAAAAAAAAGAUGGCACUGUCCGUUCAUUUUUAAACAGACUGUUGUUUUUAUCCUUUUACUUUUCUUUUCACUUUACGCUGCUUGCAUUGGAAACGCAGUUGUUUUCUGACGCGGGCGUGCGACAGUAGCCUUCAGUACUGUAAAUGUCUCAGGAUCGAGCCAAUGGGAUGGGCAGCAAUAUUUGUCAGUCGGAAAAUGGCGCAGACUUAACUACCUGUACUAAAUGUAAUUUAUAGACAUAUAUAUACAAAUAUAUAAACUAUAUGUCAGCUUGGUCAGCAGAGACCAAGUGCUAUACCUCAUUCUCAGAAUAAUGACUCCUUUCCGUGCCUCGUACUUUUAUGUAUCCCUAACCUGGGAGCCUGGCGAAGGGAUAGCCGAUACUCUGGGAAAUAUAGUAUCCUCCGCUGUUUCUUUUCUUUUAUUAUCUGAUUGUUUUUCUUUUCUUUGUUUCGCCUCCCUCUUGUGAAGGGAGGAGGGAGACGCUUCAAGUGUCUGACUGACCAAUAUUUGCCACCCUACCUCUUUUCAGGUAUUUUGUUUUUUUGUUUUCUUUUCUUUUUUCCAACAAAAAACCUUAUGGAAUUAUAGAAUGAGCAACAGAUUGACAAAAAGAGAGACCCAUGGGGAUCACACAGCUUAGCACUGGUUGGGGUUUGGCAUGAGAGGGCUGCAAACCUCUCAUUUCUUCCUCCAAAAGUGAAAACAUUUUGGGAUUCAGUCGUCUGGUUUCACCCUGGAGGCAACAAGUCAUGUUGGUCCCACCCUGGUCUGAGAAAGAACAAGGUGUUUUUGUUCACUGAGGUUUCUUUUUUUCCUUCCUUUUUUUAAGUUUAUUGUGUGUUUUUAGGUGUAACAAAACUCCAGGUUGAAACUUGACAGGGGGAUUUUUUUUUUUUAAUUUCUCACACCUAAAAGAAAUCAGAGACCCAGAGGGGAGAUUGGGGGACAGGUGGACAAGUUAACCUUCUUUUAUCUGCUGUCUUUUAAAAAGAAAAAUAUUCUAUCCAAAAUCUUUUACACUUCAUUCCAAAAAAACACCCCACACACAGGAAAAUGUACCUUUAUAUGAUGAAAAUGAAAAAGCUAUACAGUA